GAUUAAAUAUUCAUAGCCCAUGCCCCACGCCUACCCACGUGUAAAGAAAAUGGCGUCCAACAGCAGGAGAUCAUCAGGCGCUGGGAGCAGUCGUAGGAGUACAAACGGGAUGCGAGAGAGGGCGUCUAUCCAGUACAGAGAUGGGGAAAUGACUAACGCACACAGACACUUCCUACAGAGCCUCAUGUCAAAGAGGAUCAUGACCAAGAGAGAGGCAAAGAAAACUGCCUCUGAUUCACAUCGACUUUACAAUGAAGAGAGCUCUGGUGAGGGUCCAUUAUUUACAGAGUUUGUUCAAACAAUCAACGCUAAACUUGAGAGCCUUGGUUUUAAAAUCGGGAUGAGUAAAGUGGAGCACGACGGCUCGGAGUGGGUUGGGUUUGCAAACACUAGCAGUACUGGAGGAGGUGAUGUGAUCCAAAAGGCAUCAGGACUGGGACUAGCUGAACUGGAGUUCUUCCGUACCUGUCUGCAGCAGAUGGUAACAGAAGAAAAUAAUGGCGUUGCUUCCAGCAGUGCUCUACUGGCUAAACUGAAUACACUUCAACGUAAAAUGACAGGAAAAGCAGCACAAGAUUUACUAGUAUCACUGACCAAGGACCACUGGUUUUUUGAGAUAUCCAGAGGUCAUUAUUGUAUGGGUCCAAGGUGUUUCAUUGAGCUUCUUCCAUUUCUUCCUGAAAUAGUUGGGGAAUCCAUUGAGGAAUGUAGGCUUUGCUCCAAUCGUGUUGUCAUGGGGGACAGGUGUUUGGGAUGUGAUACUAAACUACACACGUAUUGUAUUGUGCAGCUAUCAAGGAGAGGUCAAGUUAAAUGCCCACAGUGUCAUGAAGAAUGGGAAGGAGAAAUACCAACAUUGGAAUGAUAAAAACAAUAAUAAACAAAAUCAAACAAUAACAACAUUGAAAUUAUUACACAUUUACAUCACUUAUUUAUGACUGUAUGAUUACCACAACAAUUAAAAUUAUUAAAA